ACUGGUUAGUUGAAGUUUUUGUGCUUUAAACAUCACUGUGCUUGAUAUCUUAGUUUCUUAGCAUCCUUCACAAUCCAUCCAAAAAAAAAAAUGGGUCGCCAUUCCUGCUGUGUGCAGCAGAAGUUAAGGAAAGGUUUGUGGUCACCAGAAGAAGAUGAGAAACUGUUCAAUUACAUAACCAGAUUUGGUGUUGGUUGUUGGAGUUCAGUACCAAAACUUGCUGGCUUGCAAAGGUGUGGAAAGAGUUGCAGACUGCGAUGGAUAAACUAUUUGAGGCCUGACCUUAAGAGAGGAAUGUUUUCACAGCAAGAGGAGGACCUCAUAAUGAGUCUCCACCAAGUUCUAGGGAACAGGUGGGCACAAAUUGCAGCACAGUUGCCAGGGAGAACAGAUAAUGAGAUAAAGAACUUUUGGAACUCAUGUUUGAAGAAGAAGCUAAUGAAGCAAGGCAUUGAUCCAAACACCCACAAACCAAGAACUGAAACAGAGGUCACAGAUGAGGACAAUUGUGCAGACAAAGCAUCAUUGUCUUCACCACAGGCCAAAGGGCUUCAAGCUUUAUCAACCUCCUCUGAAAUGGAGCAAGCAUUUGAUCAUUUGAACUCAACAAUUAGCUAUGAUGGAAGAGUUACAGAAGCAUCAAGAGAGGUUUUCAUGACCAAACCAGUCUAUGAUCCUCUAUUCUUGUUUGAAUUCCAAGUGGGUGUCGAUCAAUCGGGCGGGUACCAAUCUAAUCUCCAAACUCAAUAUCAGCAGAGUCUAAGGCCUUCUUAUGAUCCAAACUUCGAAUUUGGUUCAAUGCCAACAUUAACUAGUAAUUUUGAUCAUGGAAACAUGGAAAAUUCGAAUUUUUCGGGGAAUUCGGCUUCAAGAAUGAGAUCAUUCCUCCUCAAUGAAGCAAAAGAAAGUUCAAGUAGCAGUUCCCUUGUUGUCAACAACAGUCAUGGUGGAUUUCAGAUGAACAACAACAUGGUGGAAAAUUCUUCUAACUUUUCUUGGGAUUCUGAGACCAAAUUAGCUUCAUUGUUUCAUACCCAAUUCCAUGGGAUCAAAUCUGAGGAAGUCAAGCCAAGUGUAUGGCAAGAAGGGCAGCUUCAUACUUACAAUUCAGAAGAUUUCAACACCUAUCCAUUGACGUCACUAUCAGAAGAUUUAUCUGGAGCAAACAUGGAUGUUUUCCACCAUAUAUAAACUGUAAAUUUUCUUUUCUUUUUUCAUUUUUCAACAUAUACAGAAACAUGUGUUGAUAGUACAGGGAAGUACUGCUGAGAGGCUUGGGGUAAGGGUCUUUUCUUUUGUUUCUUUUUUUUUUGGCAU